ACAAAAUGAAAUGAAAAUGGCCGACUGAGUAUAGAAGCGGCUUGCUGUCAAAAUAUUAAAAAUAAAUUAUAACGCAUUAGAGCAACUUUUAUGUAAUUAGACGAUUGUAAUGCCACUUUUUAUCGUAUUGACCGGAUGAAUUCAGUCAUCUUCACUUCGAAUGCUCCAAAAUUGGACUCGCAAAGGUCAUUUACACCUUUGCCAACUCGCUUCGUGUCUGCGUUCUGAGGCACCAGCGGACGGUCAGGCUGUGCUCAAGAGACCGCCAGGAUGAGUGAGGACGGCAGCGAGGGCUCGGCGACACCGCCGAGGCCGCAACGACGCAUCAAGAAAGUGAUGGUGCUAUCAUCCGCCUCAGAGUCCGACAGUGACGAGAGCGAUGGCCCGACGCGGACCCGCAAGAGGCGCCUACGGGUGGUGAGUGAGGAUGAGGGUGCCAGCAGCAGCGGGAGCUCUGUAGGCGCGCGCCGGCGCCGCGCGCUGCCUCAACUCCGCGACUCGGACGCCGACAGCGAUGGCUCAGUCGGUCCGGCCCCCUCCGCCCCUCCCAAGCCCGCCUCAGGCUUCGCCUCAGACAGCUCUGAGGGCAACUCAGACAAAUGCUCCAUCUGUCUUAUGAGAUUCACAGAACAAGAAGUGGGCACACCUGCGAACUGCGAGCACAUAUUCUGUUUAGACUGCAUCACAGAAUGGUCCAAGAAUGUGAACACUUGUCCGGUGGACCGCAUCACUUUUGAUUCUAUAGUAGUGAGGACAUGUGCGGGUGGACGGGUGUUGCGUUCGGACCCUGUUCAGGUAACAGACCGCCGCCCCUCUGUGGAGAUGCUUGUUAUUGAGGACCCAACCGUUUGUGAGAUCUGUGGCAGUAUGGAGAAUGAAGACUCAAUGCUGCUGUGUGAUGGCUGUGACCUGGGUUUCCACAUGCAGUGUCUCACACCUCCACUACUUGAAAUCCCCAUAGACCAAUGGCACUGCCCAAGCUGCAUCAGCCGUGGUCUGCACAACAUUGGAAGCUUGGAAGACAUUAUAUAUCUCUCGGAGGUGGAUGAUCUCUUCACUGGCAUUGCUGAUAUGGAGCUCCCGCAGGGCCCGCGUGCUGUACCUCUAAGACAGACUAGGGAAGUUAGAAGGUCUUCAAGAAAUCAAUCCGCGGAGGAGCCGUCCACCUCCUCAGGACGCCGCGGCGCGCCGGCGGACGCGGCCGGCGCCCGCCGCGCGCGCGCCCCGCCGCGGCGGCGCCGCAAGCCCACCCGGAGGAGAACCAAGACUGUCAUCAUCGAGUACGAGAUCGAGGAGAACGGGAAGUUCCCUAUUACCAGACGGGUGAAGAGGACUGUUAGGAAAAGGAAGACGCGCGCGCGGCGGCCGCGCACCGCCGCGCGCCGCGCGCUCGUGCGCCAGUCCGUGCGCGCGCAGCUCGCCGCCCUCGCCGCGCCCGGCCCCACCCCCGUCACCGUCAGCGCCGGCGUCAGCGACCUCCAUGUGCGACGAGCGAGAGCCGGGAUACCGACCCUAAAUCUGUUUGGAUCGGAGAGGGACUUGGAGUAUUUCUCGGAUGAAGAAGUCGCAUCGGAGGGAGCUUCGACAGUGGCGAGGGCAGUGCGGCCGAAUGCGGCCGUCUUCAGUGCUUAUAGACAGGCUCGCCGUAAGAUGGUGUCGGUGCCAUCUCCCCCUCACGCCACCGCAGCACCCGACCUACUGUCCGACAUAUUGGAGAGCCAAACACUAUUACACUCUAAGCGUUCUGUAGUGUCCGUCACAGUGGAUGGACAGAUCAGCAUCAAACUGCGCGGCGAAGGCAGAGUCGAUGUCAGCAAGAGCCAAACACUACUACACUCUAAGCGUUCUGUAAUGUCCGUGACGGUGGAUGGACAGAUCAGCAUCAAACUGCGCGGCGAAGGCAGAGUCGAUGUCAGCAAGGCCUCCGACCCGCCGGUGCGCUCGGCGCCGGCGCACGGGCAGCGCGGCGGCUGGGGCGGCGGCUACAGCGGCAACUACCAUCGCGAGCAGAGCGCUAACAACUUUGGUCGGGGGUACGAGUACGGUCCCAACGGCGGCGAGAACAACUACCCGAACCGCGGGAACAACUACGGCGGCGCGCGGCGCGACGAGGAGGCGUGGGGCGGCUGCCCGCGCCGCGGCCCCGCCCCCGCGCCCGCCCCCGCCCCCGCCCCCGCCUGCGCGCGCCCGAGGCGCCCCGAGCCCCGGCAGCAGGCGCCACACAGUAUUUCCAAUUGUAGAUUAGACAACAGACACAGCCUAGGCCCCGCCUGGCCGCGGGCGCGGCCCGAAGCCCCCGGGCCCCAGCGGCACUCGUUCGGGGGCUUCGACAACCCCCUCGACAUGCGCGUGGCCCCCCACCCCCCCUCCGCGCCCGCACAGGACCGCCCCUUCAGACCCCUGCCGGAACCCCCCGUCUUCGCCUUCGACAAAUUACCUGAAGAAAAAUCAGAGGACGGAAGCGAUUCGAGCCUAGUAAUCGACACUGAGAAAUAUGACCCGACCGAACCGACACAUGAUGAUGAUGAGGAGGAGGAACCGCCUCAAACAUCGGCACCGGUCUUCGGUCCAUUACCAGCCCCGCCGGUACCUCCUAAAAUCGAUUCACCCCCCAAAUCCCCAGAAAUCACACCCCCGCCUACCCCUAUCACUUCAGUACCACCCCUCCCCCCCGCUCCGGCCCUCCCGGCCGGUUUACUAGAUACAGCCGUCAGACAAGUCUUAGAGGAGCACAGAGCGCUUAUGGAACCGCAGCAAAAUAACUCCGACGACGACUCUGAUGGAGAUUGCCCUAACUUCUCUAUUUAUUCCGCCACAAGCGUACAUAUAGCGAGCGCGGGCUCUCUAGCGCCCCCUACGAUGCGUUCUAAACCUGAUCUUGACAUGACUGAUUUAGUACAAGAGGAUGACGAGCCGAUUAAAACUCCUGAAGAAGAAGAAGUCAAAACUCCUGAACCGACUCCGACUAAGAAAGACGACUACAAAGAAAAGGUUUCCAAACGCUGCCCUAUAACACCCAACACUCGAGACCCGAUCAAAAUUAAACUAAACACUCCCUCGCUUAUAAAACGUGUUAGUCUUUAUGAUGAUGAGGAUGUUGCUGAAAAAACUGAGGAACCGAGUACAGAGGAGCCAGAAGCCCCGGAACCGACAAUUGAUGAAGUUAAAACUUCAGGAGAGCCCCCAGAAGAUGACAAUGAUAGUGAUAAAACGCCGAUGGUAACGGAUGAGAAUAUAGAACAGGAUAACGAUGAAAAAGAAGAUGAUAAACAGGACAAAGAUGAUAAAGAGGACAAAGAAGAAGAUAAUCAGGAUAUAGAAGAGGAAGAAAACGCCGAUGAAGCCAAAAUCAGAAGUCCAUCGCCAAAAGAAGAUAAGACACCAGAAAGACCAGCGGAAGAUCUCGAAGAAGGGGAAAAACAAAAUGGAACCGCCACUCCUACUAGUGAACGUUCACCUUCUGCACAUUCCCCACGGUCCCCACACUCCCCACGGUCCCCACACUCCCCACGAUCUGAUGACGGAACGGAGAAGGAGUUGGUCGCUAUAGCUGAUGGUGAAGGUGCUCCAGAAAAAAUGACCGAGUCCAUUAGUGAAACGGAAGAUGAACGCUCAUACACGCCAUGUUUAGACGAGAACCAGAGCAAAGAUGACGUGAGACUAGAAGGCGAGGCGCUCGGCACAGAAAUGAUCUCCGAAGACGAAGCUAACGGCGUGUUCAGUGACGCCGCCGGCUCCCCGACGCCGCCCGAGCCGGACGGCAAGAAAAAGAAACGCAAAGAAGGCAAGAAAGAUGGAAAGACUAAGAGUAAAGGAAAGAAAGAUAUAGCGUUUAGAAAGUUGAGCAAAGCGGGCCGCGAGCGCAGCUAUAGAGAUAAAGACAGACGCCGGCGCUCAGGGUCGGAGUCACCGCGCCGGGCGGCCUCGGAACGACGCAGACGCGAAAAACGCAAGGAUUUAGAGAGAUACGAUGUUCGAUCAGUCGUCACAGAGAAGAGAAAGAAACAGAAAGAUCCGUUCGGAAGGGAUGUGUCCCCAGCACGUUCCGCGUCGCAUUCCCCGCAGCCGGAACGCAGGUCCUUAUCGCGCGCGCGGCGAUCUAUAUCGCGCCCGCGUAGGUCGCUGUCGCGGCCGCGCAGAUCUUUAUCGCGCGUCCGUCGAUCGCUGUCACGCGUGAGGCGCUCGUUAUCCCGGCCGCGUCGGUCGUUGUCGCGCGCUAAACGCUCCAUAUCCAGGCGGUUGACACCUAGUCCGCGAAUUCGUCGGGCGAGUUUACGCUCACUCACCCCGUUAUCACCGCGCGGUUCGCCUCCGCGACGCUCCGUAUCGCCACGCCGAGUCCGCAAGCGCCGCAAGACGCCGUCACCGAGGCGAAGGGUGUCUCCUCGGAGGCGGGAACCGUCGCCCGUUCGCGCUCGCAAGCGAAGACGCUCCGCCAGCCCUAAGAAGGUCGGUAAAAAGAAGAAGCGCGCCCGUUCGCCCCCGGCGCCUGCGCCCCGUCGCCGCGAAGAACUUCGACGCAAAUCGCCCAAGCGUAAAAAGAAGAGACGCAGCCGUAGUCGCUCACCAGAGCUAUCCCCCGGCCCGCCGGCCGGCUGGUCGCCUCUGUCGGUCGAUUCGCGAUUGUUAUCGCCGCGCACACCCCCGCCGGACGCGUCGCCGGCGAAACGUCUCGGUAAACGCAAGCGUAAGGAACCGCGCCGCCGCGAACGCAUCAAACACAAGCGCGGCAAAGACCAGCCCGCGCCCAGCAAAGAAGUAUUCACAUCCGGGGACAAUAUCCUCGUUAGCGUUAGUUUCGCCGAGCAGCAAAAGACGGCCGGCCCGGCGGAAAGACGUAAGCAUCGCGAGGCGCGGCGCGAGAAACGCAAGCGUCGGCGAAUAGCGCCAGCAGCUGACGAUAACGCUAAACCAGUAGCUAUCAUCGAUUUAGAACGCUCGCCGUUCCGCGAGCUGACUCCCUCCCCUAAAAACGUGAUCGUGCUCAGCGAUAGCGACCACGGCGAGAAAGAACCAGCAGUUCAAAAGGAGCCGGAGCCUGCUCCGGCGGCGCCGGCGUUCGCGUUAGGGACCGUCGGGCCUAAGACACCACCGGAGCCCGCCGCGCAGCCUGCACCCGCCCCUGUUAAGUUCAGUCUCGCGGCUAAGCCCGGUACGGCACCUCGAGCGCCCAACCCACUCAGAGAAGACGAGGAACCGGCGCCGGCUGAAGCUGAAAACGGUCCAAACACACCUCCUGAACCUCCAGAUUCUCCGGACGCCUACGAUCCGUUCGAGCCGACCCGGUCGGCCUCAGCGUCGCCCGCCCGCGCGGCGUCGCCCGCGGCGGCCGAGGCGUCGCCGGAGCGGCCCAGCAUGACGCUGGAGGCGGCCCAGCGGACCAACCUGUCGGCGGACGAGGUCAUCGCGAGAAGGCCGCUGUCGCCUAUUGAGAAGGUGAUGGCGCUCCUUCAGUCAACGCGAGACGAGUCCCCCGAACCAGUCCCCGCGGCCGGCACGCACCUGCCCGCGCCCGCCACCCCCGCACCCCCCGCCGCGCCCCAGCCCCAGCCCCGCAUCCUCCUCCCCGAGCCUACCCGCGCUCAACCCAAACUCUUCCUCGCCAAACCUUCCCCCAUCAAAUCUAAUCCUAUCAAACCCAUGCAAGCUACCAAGAUAUCCAUGCUGCCUUUACCCAGGCAUGAGGGCGGGGACUCCCCGUACUCGCCGGGCUCCAGUGACUUCGGGGACCUAUUCUCGCCGCCGCCGGCGGGCAAGCGAGACGCGUUCGACUCGCUGUUCGGCGCGAAGCCGAUUAAACGCAAGGAUAAGUCGCACGCUAAGGUGCCGGUCAAGUUUAACAGGAAAAAGGGUAAAGGCAACAAGACGCAAGUAGGAGUCAAGAUAGACGACGACAACCUGAAGAUCCUGGACGAGCUGCCCAGCUCGGCUGUCGAGAUGCAGGUUAAGAGCAAGUUCUUGAAGAAACUGAACCGACAAGAACGCGUAGUGGAGGAAGUUAAACUCGUGCUGAAGCCGCACUACACACGCAAACGCGUGUCCAAGGAGGAGUACAAGGAUAUCCUGCGCCGCGCCGUACCCAAGAUCUGCCACAACAAGACGGGUGAGAUCAACCCCACGAAGAUCCAAGCCCUGGUGGAAGCGUACGUGAAGAAGGCGCGCAAAAAGCACAAGCUCGGCCUCGCGUAACCUCCCCUUAAUUAUAGUUAAGCUAUUUAUACUUAAAUGAAGUAUGAGUGAAGUGAUCAUGUACUAGAUGAAUUCCUUAUUUAACAUAGUUUGCGAUAGAUAUAUUUCUUCACCUGUCGGAUAAUAUUAAUUGAUCGUUAAUUUAAUAAUAAAAUAUAUUUUAGUUGGA